AUGUUUGGGUUAGAGGACGAUGAUGCCUCUGGGCGCGAAAAAUGCUACACCACCGUAGGCCAACUGUCUCAGUUCAUUGAUCGCAAACAGCCUCCCACCAAGAAAUCCCCAUUCUCCACGAUUCUAAGCCAUCCACUCGUGCAUACGGUCGAAGUCACCCUGACCAAAAAGGCCUAUACAUCCAUUGAGAGCUCAUUGAACUCCAAAUUACAAAAGCUCCAAUAUGCUCGCACAUCUAUGACUCUUUCCUCCCUGAUAGAGACAGACUUCUUUAACACCUACAUAAAAAAAGGGAAUGUUCUUAUGUUAUCGGAGGGUCGAUCAGGGCUGGACAGUGUCUUCACCUUCGUAGAUGGCAUCCUAAAACUUGAGCUGAAUAAGGAGGUUUAUGAGAGGACUGGAUUAACCGGAAAACCCGUCCGCCAUGGUGGGAAGAAACAUGGAAAGGAAAGAUUCCUGGUCGAACUUAACCUACGGUUACCGUCAAUGUUGCAUGGUAAAAAGGGAUUUCAGAGGAUAGAGUGGGCUUUUAAAAAUGUCCUAAACAAUCCUGUAACAUGGCUAUUUUUCGACCUAGGAACGGACUCGCUCGGUGUUGCCAAAGCUGACACGGCUUUAAAGGGUAACAACCCUGAAAUAAUAUCUUGCGAGCCAGUCUGCACAACUAAAGAAAACAUUACAACACCCUCAUUUUCUCGCAUAGAAUUCACAAACGAAACGCCUGAAUCAGAGUUGAAAGACCUCUGUGUCGAGGUCUCUGAGUGGUUAGCCAUGGUAUCUCUUCAGUCUCGACGAGUUUCUGCAGACGACGAUAUAGAUCCAUAUCUGUGCCGAUACGAUGCACCAGAGAUAGGCGAUGCGAGUGCUUCUGAUCUAGUCAGCCUAAAAUGGCACGGGUUUAUUCCUCCGAAAUGGAUAAUGCAUCUAUUCAUUACGCUUUUCCGAGAAACUGCCCCCCGAGUCUGCAAGACUCCGGCUUGGUUCUCUCUUUCCGCGGGUGCCCUAGGGAGAGGCAGCAUAGAGGGUAGGGAUGGGUAUACGAUCGUGGUGUUGCCUGCGGUAGCCUCUAGUACUGGGAGUCCUGCUCCAAAGGACAAAGAUGCGAAGGCCCAGGAUGCUCGGCACUUUAUUUGUUGGGAGUAUGUUGGUGCAUCAAUAAUGUAG